AUGGAGCGCUCCUUGGCUGGUCAGGAUCAAUCCUUGGUCGAGGACCGUGCCAUGCUGGCGGAGCUGAAGAGCAGCUGGGACGCCAAGAGCGGCCUGCACGCGCAGCGCACGGAGCAGCGCCGGAAGGAGCUGCUAGCGCUGCAGGAUGCCAUCAACCUCCUGGAUUCCGACAAGUCUCUGGAGCUUUUUCGUGGCCGUGCUUCGUCGACUUCGUCCUUGUUGCAAACCUCGAAGGAUCGCACGGACGAGGUGAAGAAACUCCUCUCCAAGGUGUCGACAUCCUCUCCUGAGCUCAACUUUUUGGCCCUGGCGCUCUCGGGCAAACAGGUGGAUUUCACCAAGAUUGUGGAGAAGAUUGAUGGCAUGAUUGCUUUGCUGAAGACCGAGCAGAAGGACGACGAGGGCAAAAAGGCCUACUGCCAGAAGCAGUUCCAUGCAACGGAGAUGAAGAGCCACAGCCAGCAACAGGACUUGGCCUCGUUGGCGGCCAGCAUUAGCCAGAAGGCAGAGGCCACCAAGCAAUUGGCCAGUGAAGUGAAGCAGUUGCAGGAUGGGAUUGCCGCCAUGGACCAGAGUAUUGCCACCGCCGGGGAGACUCGGAAGGCUGAGCACCAGGAGUUCCAGGAGCUCAUGACCUCGGACACCUCGGCCGUGCAGCUUCUGGAGAUGGCCAAGGCGCGCUUGGCCAAGGUCUAUCACCCCGGAGCCGCGGCGCUUCUGUCCACCUCCACCAACGCUUCAGUCGCCUCAGUCCACCUCAACGCUCAGCUGUCGAAGCACGGCUUCGUCGCCCCACCGGCCACCGUGGAGGGCGAGUACCAGACUCAACAGAGCUAUGGAGUUCUGUCCAUGAUGGAUUCCCUGAAGUCCGACAUCGAGCAAGAGAUAGCUCUGGCCAAGAUGGACGAGGGAAGCGCGCAGAAGAAAUACGAGGAGACUUUGGCAGACGCCGCCAAGAAGCGGGAGGCUGACUUGACGCUCAUUGCAGAGAAGUCCAAGAACAAGGCUGACUUGGAAAUGGACUUGGAUGAAGACAAAGCUGCGUCGAGAGGCAAAAAGACGGAGGCCGCAGCAACAGCGGACUUUGUGAAGAACUUGCACACGGAGUGUGAUUCGCUGCUUCAGAACUUCGACCUCCGAGCUGAGGCCCGUUCAGACGAAAAGGAGAACCUGGUGCGCGCCAAGACGGUGCUGACCAACGCGCGGCGGCAAAAGAAGUUGCCGCUGGCCUUGGAGAGUCUUCAGCUGGAAGCGUUGCUGGCCGACACAGCACUGCUGCUUUGUGCCAGCGCCAAGGGACGGCACCACGCCCAUCAUGCGCCGGCGGUGCGACCCGUCGUGGCGGCAACGCCAAGCAUGGAGCCCUUGCCGCCGGAGCCGGUGCAAAGUGAGGCAACAGCCCCACCGGCAGAUUUGGCGGCAGUUUGGGUGCACAAGGCGGGGAAGGGCAGUGAGCAAUGGGUGCGCUCAUGCACGGUGCAGCAGCUGGAGAUCUAUCGCUUGCGGAAGCGACUGCAAAGCUUGACGGUGCUGGUGAAGUUUGCGUUCUUGUCUCUAUCCCUCUUUGAGGAGCCCUGUUGGCACUUGCGGUGUCCCGAAUGUGAGGUGAAAUAUAGUUGGCAGGUGCCGCAGUUGCCUUUUUGGGCAUCCAAUGGUGCGGAAAUCCUGUGCUUAGUGUACUUUGGGAUCAGUUUUUGGCUUCGGGAGCUGUCCCUAGGCGUUGGUAGCCGACGGCUUUAUUGGCAUUCCAUCCGCGAGGUCUUAGUUGCUUUGUCCUUGGCUGAUUGCUUGGUCGCCAGCUUCAACACCCAUGGUAUUGUUCCUGGCAUCUUUCGCCUCUGUCGAUUGUUUCGUCCCUUGAUUUUCAUCUCCGUCAGCAAGUUCGUGCGUCGGACGGUGAACCGCCUCUGGCGAAGUGCUCUGCACUUCUGGGACAUUUUGGCAGCCCUUGGUGUGGCCGUGCUCUUUUUCACGUGGCUGGCCAUCGUGGUCUUCUCCCGCAGCGAAGAAGGCCGAGAACAUUUCCAUGAUUGGCCUGAGGCUUUAGCUUCCUUGUGGGUCCUGUUUACCACAGCCAACUUCCCGGAUGUGAUGAUCCAGUCCUACACCGAGACGCGGUCCUCCUUUUUUUUCUUCUUCAUGUAUUUGCUGAUUUGCCUGUACCUUCUCAACAACGUCCUCCUAGCCGCAGUCUACGACGCCUACAAGGACAGACAUCAGCCAAGUAGAAUCGCGAUGGGGUGA